AUGGCUGACACUGCGAACGGCCUUGCCGGCCCCAAGCUGGCUGCGAUUCCUGAACUUGUCGAAUACAUCCUGCUGGAGCUUCCACUCCGAGAUGUCCUCCUCGCUCAGCGCAUCGACCGCACCUGGGGCGAUAUUAUCACAGGCUCCUCUAAGCUGCAGAAGGCCCUCUUCUUCCGGCCCAGCGUGGACCAUACCUUGAGGAUGAGAGGCUUGUCGGACUAUACAAAAUCGCCAUGCGACUGCAAAAACGCACCAAAGCGCCCUCUCGCCACCCAUCUUGGCCGCCCAGUGCGCACUAAAGAUCUGUGCUGGGCCCGGGACGAGACGGAUACGAAUCACUACGCCGUCGCCAUCAACCCAUUCGUGUGGUCCAAAGGACGCCCAGAUUCAUUUCUCGAUAUUGAAGAAGGCAUCGAGGCACUCAUGAAGACGACCGGUCAAGGUGAUUCGUUGCGGCGCAUGCUGUUGACGCAGCCUCCCGUGGAGACGAUCAUCUUGUACACCACUUCGGCCCUGGUGCAUAUGAUCUCUCGAAAGCCUGGAGCGUGUGGAGUCACUGUCGCUGAUGUGCUUGACGCUGUGGCGACUUUCAACGAUUACUACAACUUGAAGAUGGACGUCCUGAAGUGCCUGAAAGAGUACGUUAAGGGGCAACUGGAAGAAGAUGAAUACUAUUCUACGGAGAGCGAUCUCGAGGACUGA